AUGUCGUUUUCCGGUCGGUCGGCGAGUUCGCGGGUGCUGUCGGAAUCGUCCACCGAGUUGGAGACAUUGCGGCCCAUCACCGUGCGGUUUGACCUCAAGGGCUGGGGGCCGGGCGAGGGCAUGGGUGUCGUGACCUUCGACGGCCUGGCUGUGGAGCCUGCCCCGCUGGCCGGUGGCACGCUGCUGGCAAAUGCGCAGGGCGAGCUGGCGGGCACGUUUGUGGUGCCCGAGGGCGUACCCGCAGGCGCACGGGUGGUCAACUUCACGGGCCCGCUGGGUUCGCGUGGCUCGCAGACCUUCAUGGGCCAGGGCACGGCCAUCCUGCGCACCCAGCAGCAAGUCACCACCGAGAGCUGGUCCCUGUCCUACCCAGCGCCCAUCUCCACGGGCGGCGCCGUGUUCGGGCCCAGCGGCACCGGCUCCACCCCCACGCAGAACCAGAGCGCCUGCAGCCGCUGGCUGUAUGAGGGCUACUUCGACCCGCUGGCGCAAACCUUUGUGCUGGACGAGCUGACCCAGUGCGCAGGCGUGGACCUGCCCUUUACCGCCAAGGGUGGCCCGGUGGUGGUGCAAAUCCGGGAAACGUUCAACGGCGUGCCCACGCAGGCGGUGGUGAUCGAGGCCCGCGUGGCGGCCGACGCCAUCGCCCUCGACGGUUUCACCCGCAUCACCUGGGCGCCCACCCUGCUGCAGGCCCGGCGGGAAUACGCCAUCGUGGUGCUGUGCGACGACGCCACCACCGCUGUGGCUGUGGCCGAGCUGGGCAAGCAAGACCCGGUGCAAGGCUAUGUGACCAGCCAGCCCUACCAAGUGGGCGUGCUGCUGUCGUCGUCCAACGCAUCGACGUGGACGCCCCACCAAGACCGCGAUUUGUGCUUCCGCUUGCUGGGCGCCCAGUACACGCAAACGGAACGGGUGAUCGAACUGGGCACCGCCGACCUGGUGAACGCCACUGACCUGAUGGUGCUGGGCUUUGCCGAACGGCCAUCGGCCGCCGCAAACCUGCUGUUCGAGGUGCAGUUCCCCGAGGCCAUGGGCAGCGAGGUGGUGCGCCUGACCGAUGGGCAAGUGGUGUGGCUGGCCGCACCCUUCACCGGCCAGGUGCAGGUGCGUGCCCGCAUCAGCGGAGACGCCAGGCUGGCGGCCGUGCUGCAAAACGGCGUGCAGCUGGUGGCGGGCAACAUCCAGGGCACGGGCACCUACAUCAGCCGCACGGUGGCGGCAGAUGCCGACAACACGGUGAAGGUGGUCUAUGAAGGCGACAUUCCCGGCGGCUCUGCCGUCACGGUGCACGUGCAGGGCACGGCGCCCGGCGCGCCCUGGGUGCUGGUGCCCUAUCUGUCAGCCAGCACCAAUACGGCGGGCGUGCGCGAGAUUACGCACGAGCUGCAGAACUUCAACGCAGGCGACGGGGCGCGCGUGCGCCUCACGCUGACGGGCAGCACCACCGCCCGGCCGCAGCAGCUGGUGGAGCUGGCCCUGGCCGACAAGGCCGAAGGCACCGAGCUGGACGCACUGGCCCUGUCCACUGCCAACGCCCUGGCCACCAAGGCCAGCACCGCCAGCGUGAACGCGCUGGCCCAAAGCACCAGCGAUGCCCUGGCCCUCAAGGCCAGCGCCGACGCCUUGGCCAAUGCCGUGGCCACACUGAACGCCGCCAUUGCCACCAAGGCCGCCAGCACCACGCCCACCAUCACCGGGCUGCGCGAGGUGCGCGUGGCCCUGGGCGCGGGCACGCAGAUCGACGUGGCUGCGGGGAACCUGUUCACCAAGACCAUCGCGGGCGCCACGGUGCUGACGGUGGCGAACGUGCCCCCGGCGGGCACGGUGGCGUGCUUUCUGCUGGACCUGACCAAUGGGGGAAGCGCGGCCAUCACUUGGUGGGCUGGGUGCAAGUGGCCUGGCGGCGUGGCGCCACUGCUGACGGCGGCCGGGCGCGACCUGCUGGGCUUUGUGACGCAUGACGGCGGCGCCACGUGGACGGGCACGCGCCUGGCAAAGGACGCCAAAGCCGCUGAAAAGCGCCAGCACGAUGACCACAGGGAAGAGCAUGUUGCACACCAAAGCGGAGCAAGAAGCGCUGCAGGCGGCAAAGCCUGCACGCCAGCGACGGCUGCACCAGGGCAAGAAGGUGCGCUACGAGGGCACACGCAUGGAGUGCCCGCACUGCGGUGCCCAGUGCGUGAUCCGCCACGGCAGCAAGGUGAGCAUGACGAUGCGCAAGCUGGUUUUCAGCUGCACGAACGCGGAGUGCGGCGCGAACUACGAGGCGAUGACAGAGUUCACCAAGAUGCUGAGCGUGCCUGCGCGGCCCAACCCGAACGUGAGCAUCCCGCUGUCUCAGCAUGUGCGGCGCGGGAUGCUGCGUGUGCUGCUGGACAACUCGCCAGAGGCGGCCCACGAGCCCAUCACGCCCAUCGAGCCCAUCACAGACGACCUGUUUGCCGGGGACGCCAACACGUCAUAGACGGCACCUCUGCCGCUGAAUAG